AUACACUAACGCGACGUCUGUGAUAAGCCUUUACAGCGAGCUUGAGCGAAAUGCACUCCGCGACGCAGCAGCAGCACGGCCGCGGCGGCGGCGAGCAGCAGCAGUCGCCGUCGGUGCUGCCCGCCGACAUGCCGCCGGUGCCGACCAGCAUGACAGCCAAGCGGCCCGACCUCUUUGGUGCGCCCGACCCGCACCAGCCCGCCGCCUCCGCGCCGCCCCGCCCCUCCGCGCCCCGCCCCUCCGCGCCCUGCCCCUCCGCACACGACGACCUCUCGCCAGCCGGCGACGCCGCCGCGGCGGCAGCGGAGGCGGCGGCGGCGGCGGCGCAGCAGCAGCAGGGCAGCGGCGGCGGCGGCGGCGGGAUGGUGGCGGGGUCCAGGCCGGGUGCUACUGCCGCUACUGCCGCUACUGCUACUGCGGCUCCUGCUACUGCCGCUACUGCCAAGGGCGCCCCGCCGGAGAACGGCCUCGACGCCAUCAUUGGUGACACGCAGCAGUGGGCGCUGCACGCGGCCACACUGCAGAAGUUCCAGUCGGUGGAGGAGGAGCACCUCAGCUGCGAGGAAGCAGAGGUGAUUGAGCCGCUGCGUGCCGUCAUGAGCCAAGGCGAGAUGGCGAAGCUGGGCCGGCAGUGGUCCUCAGCCUGGGCCAACGCGCCCACACACCCGCACCCGCGCGGCCCCAGUGCCGCCCCUGGUGCAGCCCUGCUGCACCCACUGGUGGGGGUGGUGGACCGGCUGCGGGACGCAGUGGUGGAGCGGUGAGGAAGGAAGGACUGAGGACUGAGUGGUGAGUGAGGAAGGACUGCUGAGGACUGACUGGAGUGGUGAGGAAGGAUUGAUGAGGACUGACUUGAGCAAUGAGGAAGGGCUAAGGACUGAGGACGGAUGGGGAGCUUCUGCCUGGUGGUUGUGUUGGUGGCUGGUGGUUGUGUUGGGUAGUGGAUGGAUAUGCAUAGCGGAAAGAGGCUGAAAGCUAGCAGCAAUCAGCAGCCAACAGUAGUGGCCAGAAGCUGUUGCUGUUACUGCUGCAGCUUCCCAAGCUCCACACAUGCAACGAACAGCCUGAUACUUUCAAAUUAGC